CUCCGCCCUAAUAUCCUGUCUCCUUCUCUGAACGGCUGAAAGGCUGCGGAAGCAAGCUCCCCAUUGGCCGCGGAGGGAACUCACAUCCGGUUUGCACGACGGCCAGGAGAGCGCGGAGGCAGCCAUGGUGCGGUUCAAGCACAGGUACCUGCUCUGCGAACUGGUGUCUGACGACCCCCGCUGCCGCCUAAGCCUCGAUGACCGAGUUCUGAGCAGCCUCGUACGGGACACGAUCGCCAGGGUGCACGGAACUUUCGGCGCAGCCGCCUGCUCCAUCGGCUUCGCGGUUCGAUACCUCAAUGCCUAUACUGGAAUAGUGCUACUUCGAUGCAGAAAAGAAUUCUAUCAGCUUGUGUGGUCAGCUCUUCCCUUCAUCACGUACUUGGAGAACAAAGGACACCGUUACCCAUGCUUUUUCAACACGUUACAUGUGGGAGGUACAAUAAGAACAUGUCAGAAGUUCCUAAUUCAGUACAACAGAAGACAGCUGUUGAUCUUGUUGCAGAACUGCACUGAUGAAGGAGAGCGGGAAGCUAUCCAGAAGUCUGUGACAAGAAGCUGCUUACUAGAGGAGGAGGAGGAGUCAGGUGAGGAGGCUGCAGAAGCAAUGGAGUGAACCUCUGCUCCUCACACAGCUGACUACACUGCUCAGGCUUCAGGCCCACUUGUUGAACAGAACAAUCUGGGUAGCAACAGCAUCUUCGUUUUCCAAACUGGAUAGCUGCCAACCAGUGAACAUUACCCACUUGAAAUGGAGUACUCAGUUAAACUGAAGUUGCCUUUACCUAGCAUUCCCUGGUGAAGUGCUGCAGGUUGUGAAUUCUGUAGACAUCUUUAUUGCUUGGCUAAGAGUAGAUUUAAUAAAUGUAUCUGGUUUCCGUGGCA